GUUUUGUUUUGGAUGGCUGGGGAAGGCUCUGCAGACAGCGCAGCAUCAGGGACAGCGAGAAGCGGGCUCGAGGAGGCAGAGAAAUAGGUUCUGGUUUCGAAUUGACACGGUCCACAGACACGAUGCCGUCAGAGAAGACCUUCAAGCAGAGGAGGACUCUAGAACAAAGAAUGGAAGAUGUGAGGCUGAUCAGGGAACAGCACCCAACCAAAAUCCCGGUUAUUAUCGAGAGAUACAAGGGAGAGAAGCAGCUGCCCGUGCUGGACAAAACCAAGUUCCUCGUCCCAGAUCACGUCAACAUGAGCGAACUGAUCAAAAUAAUCCGGAGACGCCUCCAGCUGAACUCCAACCAGGCUUUCUUCCUGUUAGUCGACGGCCACAGCAUGGUAAGCGUAUCGACACCUAUUUCCGAGGUGUACGAGCGAGAAAAGGAUGAAGACGGAUUCCUGUACAUGGUGUACGCCUCGCAGGAGACUUUCGGAAUGGAAUCCGCAUAAGGCGGGAGAAACUAAAGAGCCCGGCUUCACUUUUUAUGUUUCCAAUUUUAUUUUCUCUGGGGCUCAGAAAGAUAACGCGUCGAGCAGAUCUUUCCCAGAUAUAUGCUACCCACUAAGUUAUAGAAUUUUCAAUAUAUAAAACACUCCGCCAAUAUUUUGAUUGCAAUGAAUUAAAUGAUUCGAUCAAAAAAAGCCUAAUUAAUGUUUGCGCCGUGUUAUGAAACUCACUUUUUAAUUUGCCCCUCCUUUUGAAACGUUCAGUCCGGCCACACUGUUGAAGAAUGGGCAUUUCAUAUUUAAGUUGGCUUUGACACCACACGGCACCCUGAUGGGGUCCUUCAAGUGCGUCAUGUAGUUUUUCCACUCUUGGGUAGCAUAGUCGUGUGCGAUCUAUAUUAUAUACAGUAGCCAAAACCGGUGGU